GUGCCAGAAGGCGGGGGGGGGGGGGGGCGGUAGACUUUGCAGUCCUGCGUGCCACGGUGGUGAUUUAAAAGCAUGCCUGUUUGGGGUUAAAUUGCGUGGAAUAGGAAUUUACGCGCCAAUCAGCCUGAGCGAUCAGUGUAGCUUUGUGUGUCUCCCUUCUACUUUCUAGUAUUAUUAAGCGGCAGCCAUGCGUAUAAAAUGCAAAGCGGAUUAAUUUUAAGCGGUGGUUCUGUCGGAGAGCUUAAAGUGCGGGAAAAAGGGCCCGCAUGAACCAUUUUAAUUGCACGCUCGUCAGGCUGAAUUGUUGCUUGGCAAUUAAAUGCGAACUUGGCCAGUUUAUGGAUGAAAGACCUCCAAGGAAUAUCCGAAUUGCGACGCAGAGGCAGGCAGUGGCGAGCCACUUCUGAAUGUCCCUUGCCUUGAAACCCUCACUUGGGGUCGCCAUCCCACCUCCAUUCACUCAGUACUCAAGCUUGCAAACUGACAGGGUCGACUGGGAAAGUAUGGCUCAGUAUGUGCUGGGAAAAGCUGCAGUCGCCGUGAUCCGAAUUUGUAAUCCUCCUCUCAAUACGUUCAGUGCUAAAACAUUACUGGCUUUACAGCAAGAAGUGAAGCAUGCCAAUAUUGAUCCCACUGUGAAAGCUGUUGUAAUUUGUGGUGCAAAUGGCAAAUUCAGUGCAGGUGCUGAUAUUAAAAUGUUUUCCAGCCUUGAUCGGGGAAGUACGCCCAGUCUAGGGUCAGUAAUUGAUUUAAUAGAGAAGAGUGACAAACCAAUGGUGGCUGCAAUUGAAGGCGUGGCAUUUGGAGGAGGCUUGGAAGUGGCAUUGGGCUGUCACUACAGAAUUGCACAUGUGCAGGCACGGGUAGGUUUGCCUGAGGUGACACUGGGCAUACUUCCUGGUGCAGGUGGGACUCAGCGGCUUCCCAGAUUGAUUGGAAUACCUGCAUCACUUGAUAUCAUCACAACAGGAAGGCACAUAUGGGCUGCUGAAGCACUGAAACUGGGAAUCAUUGAUGAAAUUGUAGAAGAAAAUACGGUUGAAGCGGCAAUACGUUUUGCAGAAAGAAUGUCUGAUCAUCCAGUGGGACUUCACAGGCUCUGCUCGAAACAAAUUCCCAGCCUACCCAACAUGGAUGCCAUCAUUAAAGAGGCACUGGUGAAAGUGAAGAAGCAGGCCCGUGGGUAUCUUGCACCAGAAAUGUGCUUCCAAGCUGUAGUGGCCUCCUUGCAUUUGCCCUUUGAGGAGGGACUGCGCAAAGAGAGAGACCUCUUUCACUUCCUGUUGUCUUCGGGCCAGGCUAAGGCAUUGCAAUAUGCCUUCUUUGCACAAAGAAACAUGGAGAAAUGGACGUUGCCCAGUGGAGCAUCCUGGAAAACUGCUGCUCCUAAGCCAAUCCAGAGGGCAGCUGUGAUAGGGUUGGGAACAAUGGGCCGAGGCAUCGUGGUCUCUUUGAUGAAGGCAAAGAUUGCAGUUGUGGCUAUGGAGCAGGAUAAGAAUAAUUUAGAGCAAGGAAGAGGAGCUGUGAUGGCUCUCUUAGAUCGUGAAGCUUUAAGAAUGCAACAGAGCGGUCAAACGUUGGAUGUCCAUAAGCCUGGCCUGCUCCACUUCACACUGGAUUUUAAUGCCCUGCAAGAUGUAGAUCUGGUUAUUGAGGCUGUUUUUGAAGACAUGGCGCUGAAGAAGAAGAUCUUUCACAAGUUAUCGACAGUCUGCAAACCUGAGGCCUUUCUGUGUACUAAUACCUCAUGUCUUGACAUUGAUGAGAUUGCUGCUGUCACUCGCCAUCCACACCAGGUCAUUGGUACCCAUUUUUUCUCACCAGCUCAUGUAAUGAAAUUGCUGGAGGUAAUCUAUGGUCAGCAUACAUCCCCUACUGCCAUUGCCACGGCUAUGAGCCUAGGCAAAGCUAUGGGGAAAAUUGGGGUUGUAGUAGGGAAUUGUUUUGGCUUUGUUGGGAACCGAUUGUUGGGUCCUUUUCGGGACCAAGCACAUUUCCUCAUAGAAGAGGGCAGUACUCCUGAAGAAGUAGACCAAGCUCUGGAAGGAUUUGGUUUUAAAAUGGGGCCCUUCCAGGUAUCAGAUCUCGCAGGGCUUGACAUUGGUUGGAGAUUAAGAAAAGAGCAAGGCCUGACUGGAGCCAGCCUGCCUCUUAGCACACCUCCUCGCAAGCGAGGUGGCAGACGAUACAGCCCACUCCUUGAUUUCUUAUGUGAGAAAGGGAGAUAUGGGCAGAAAACUGGCAAGGGAUGGUAUCAAUAUGAUAAACCUGGUGGAAGGGUCCCCAAGUCAGACCCAUGGCUUCAUGGUUUCCUUGCCGACUAUAGGAAUACCUAUAAUAUUACAACCCGCACUAUAACACAGGAUGAAAUCUUGGAGCGCUGUCUCUAUUCCCUUGUUAAUGAGGGUUUCCAGAUACUGUCUGAUGGAAUAGCUUCAUGUCCAGAAGCCAUUGAUACUAUCUAUAUCAAUGGCUAUGGCUGGCCCAGACAUAGGGGGGGCCCUAUGUUUUAUGCCUCUGAGGUCGGUUUAUCUGUUGUUCUUGCAAAACUGCAAAAGUACGCAGAGGCUAAUCCUGAUAUACCAUCACUGCAGCCCAGUCCUCUUCUGCGGAAGCUUGUAGCCUUGGGUAGUCCUCCUGUGAGUGAGUGGUCAUCACUAGUGGGGUCUCAGAACAGUAAACUGUAAUCCCACUGCAAUUUAUGUUUUUGGAUUAAGUAUUCUUGGAGUUAUAGUCCAAUCUAAAGAAAUAUAGCCCAUUGUAGAACAAUGUCUCUACCUUUUCUGAUUCAACUGCAAAGAACAAAAUGUGCCUUACUGUAUACUACUUCUUGAAAUACUGCUGGAGAGGUCUUGCCUGAUAGUCCACUUUCCUGUCUCCUGUAGUUACCCAGGGCCUUUUUAAUCUUUUUAUGGUUUUUGCGCAAAGAGCUCAGCGUUGAAAGUAAAAUGAAAAGGAAAAAAAUCGAGUUUAAAAGCAUAGUGAUCACAGUACCCUGAGAUUCCUAUAGCUCCCUACAUCUAUUAUUUCCUUCCAUGUCCCUAAUUUUGCAUCAUCUGAUUUAGCAGUCUGUUAACGAAGAUUCUGAAGGAAAUUUACCUCCCAUUGAUUUACCAAAUCAGACAAAUUCAUGAAGGAUAUUGGAUUUAGUGGUGGCUAAAUUUGAUAUCCAUGUUUAGAGGCAGUAUACCUCUGGCUCAUUCCGCACAUGCAGAAUAAUGUACUUUCAAACUGCUUUCAGUGCUCUUUGAAGCUGUGCGGAAUAGCAAAAUCCACUUGCAAACAGUUGUGAAAGUGGUUUGAAAACGCAUUAUUUUGCGUGUGCGGAAGGGGCCUCUGAUUGCUGGAGGAUAGCAUUAGGGAAAGGUUUUUGCCUCUGAGCCCACUGUGAUGACCACCUGGGGCAUCUGGUUGACCACUGUAGCAACAGACUACUAUACCAGAUGGAUCAGAUCCACAAGGGGUCUUAUAUAAGACCGUGUUCCUUAGCUUCAUACAAAUCCACAGUAGAUAGUUUGGGAUCUGCAAGUGAAGUGGUAUAAAUCGCUACCUUAUAGAGAAAGUACAAAGCUACUUCUCCAUCUACCUUUAACCUCUCUAGGGCUUGAACUGCAUAGCUUUGGCUAGUUGCUGGCUGUUACAAAAAGAGGAAAACAGCUGGUCAAACCACAAUGCUCAAAACUGCACCCUCGCAGGAAAUAACAAUCAGUUUCAUAUCAUCAAUUAAAAAUAAUACAUCUGAUAAACUCAAUGAUGAUCCUUCCUGGGUCCCAGAUAAUGUAUGUCAGCUAGUAUGUGAAAGUAACUGCUUUAAAAUGCUGCAGAGAGAAGAAAGCCUUCAGACUCCUGGGGAGAAAAGCUGAGGAGCAGAUCUCUGCUUUUACUUUGUGUGCUGAUUAUGACAUGUAACUUGUAGCCAGUGAUGUCUCAGACAACUCACUUCCUGUUGUCUCCCUAUUGUAAAUAUUAAUGCCUUUCCUUUGAAUAAACCUACAAACUUUCUAAAACUCAUAUGUCUAAAAUCAUCCAGUUGUGCUUUCUGCUUGCUUCUUAUGCAGCUAUAAUAAAAAGUAUGAGAUUAUUGUCUUUGAGGAACAUAAUAUUUAGACAUGCUCGAAGGCAAGCAUCCACAGAUACCAGUGAUGCUGCUGACAAAGAGGGUCUUCAGAAAUAGAACUAUUUUAAUCUGUGUGGCCUUUGAUAUUGGAAUUUAGAGAUGCCUCCCCAACCUCAGACAACGGGGAAGCCUCAGAUGAUCUAAACCUUUCAGCAAUUGCUUCUGAAGAUGAAUAAAAAAUAAAAAUCACGGUUGCAACAUUUUUCCUAAAUAAACCUAUUUUAAUUAUC